AUGACAUCGUCCACCACGGCGAUCAGGACGACAGAUCCGAUGCCAACUCCCGUCACCCCUUCCACCCCUUCUCCACCUAAACCCGUCCCGGCUCUUCACGGAUCUCUCAGUCUUCCGUAUGCGAGGAACCCGAGCGGUACCGAUUCCGUCAUCAACGAUCCUCGGCAGACCUACCUUUCUCAAGUCUGGGGGGUCAAGACCAAGCCCCGAUUCUCCGGGAUCACUACUGCCUCUACUCGAUCUCACCCUCAUAGCGGAAUGGAUCAGGCUCGGGGUAUCGCCAAGAAUGAUGCUGGACGGAUAGGAGAUUGGGGGGAGAUGCGAAAGGAGAGCAAGGAGAAUCAACCCAUCCCGAACGACACCACCGCCGCUCAUCAGGCCUACUCUCAGCGUGAUACCGGGUCUGCGGGACCUCUCGUAGUGGAAGACCCUGAUCAAGUUAUCGGCAGGAAAUCCAACUCGAGACACCAGCAAAAGGCUUUCGUCCGACAGCCUCCUAUCAUCUCUACUUCUACUUUCCCCCAGCCCUUGAAGACUGCGCACUCGAAAUCGACGUCGUUAAGUCUAAGGGCGGAGACGAUGUCACCGAUCGAGUCGGGUUCGGAUACCGAUAGCGAUAGGACGCCUACUAGGCCGACUUUCGACCUCGCUAGGCAGUCGCAAUCUUACUCGUCGUUGCAUACCUACUCGUCCACGGGGGAACGCCCGGCUCAGAAGGAGAAGGAGGACUAUAACCCCGUUCUAUCCGCACUCGCCUUUCAGAGCAGGUUGCUCAGCCCCGAUCCUAAACCUCGGAUUCAAUCGCAAACUCAAACUCAAACUCAAUCUCAACCUCAAUUUCAAUCUCAACCUCGUCAUACAACAACACCCACUACUACUACUCCACCUCGUCCAAACCGAUCCGCUUCCACCUCGGGAUCUCAUACUAUCGACGGGUACGGCCCGCCUCAACCGCCCACCGUCUCGCCCGUCUCGGCUGAACGAAAGGCGGCUAUCGCGGCUGCGGAGAGGAGGAGGAGCUUGCAAGGACAAGGAAACGGGUCGCCAGGACGACGGGCUCCCGGGUCGCCCGGUCGUUACGAUGGGUCUCCGGGAAGACCGAGUCCGAGUCGAGAUACGUUGGCAGGUGCAUCUCGAGGUCGAGUUAGUCUGGGCGUGUCUGCGACGAGGACGCCUGAAGAUUCGUUGAUGACUAGGAGCCCUGGGAAUCUUCAUCGGUCGGACGAGGGCAGUCCGUUCGUGACAUCGGGAGGAGGUUCUUGGGCUUCGAGGACGACGACUGCCCUAGCAAGAGAUGCCAUGCAGCAGAAAGGGAAAGCUUUUGCCCAUCUUUCGCCAAGGCGUGAGAUCGUCGCCGACACAAGCCGAGAUGAUCCCGAGAUGUCUUCGCAAGCCAAGAUGCGGUAUAGUCCCAAGCGGGGUCAAUGGGUCGCCGCCGGCAAACAGGAUGACGAGCAGGAUGGCAACAAAGCGCUUUCGACCGACAACCUUUCCGCCGACAAGCAGCCUAUCAAAGUCGAAAUGGAGACGACUACCUCUACCGCGUUCCUCGGCCAUUCGCCCUCGGCGUCCAAGGUCGAGCAUUCCGCUCGCAACCCGUUUGAUUUCACCUUUCUCCAACCGGUCCCUACUACCAUUCCUGUCACAUCCAGCCCCAUGCAGACGAAACAGCAAGCGGGUCUUGGUCUAGGUCGGCCUGGACUCGGCAAGCCGAAACGAAACUCUAGCGGAACAGCUGCGAAUGACCCGAGUGCUGCGCAGGACUCGCCGAGGGAUAAACGUCGGAUGACUAGCAGCGAGAAUGAGUCGCUGGCCGGCGUCUUUCCCACGCUCUUCAUCUCGAAACGGGGCGGACCCGCCAACAACCAAGGCAGCCAGACUCUGAAAUCGAAUGCACCCUCCCGUCCUCUCGCCUCAUCUGCCUUGUCGCACGGCGAACCUAUGCCCAACCCAUUCCUCUCGCCUCCUUCCACUACAGACCUCGUCGAACGGCUCGAACCCGGACGCAGGGUCGUCUCCGAGCCGAUCCCCAUCAUCGAUGCACCCGCCGAAGCCGUCGCUACCGGAUUUGCCAACUUUAUCAGCAACUCGCGGAUCGUCUCUGAUCCCACCCCUUUACCCAAAUUGCAACAGAACGUCAAUAAUGCUACGAGGAAGCGUAACCGAAACAAGCAAGCCAAGAAGGGGUUUCCUAACCCGGAGCCGGUCGUACACAAUUGGACGAGCCUCAAGGAAAAGUUCGAAUUCCCUACGCUCCCUGUUGCAAGCGGCAGCGGGUCAAAGAACAAUGGCGGCGAUGACAAGAUACAGCUUUACGAUACGAAAUCCGACAUGACCGAGAGACCUAUCUUCACCAAGCCCGACACGAACCGGAAACCCACCAUCACGAAACCCGCAUUGAACGAGAAACAACCACGACCUGACGAUACCAAACCGAAGACGAAAUUGGCGCUCCACGAUAGUCUUCCUGGCUCCAACGUCACGCACUCGCAAGUAUCGUCCGCAGCUCGACAUCAACGCGACGAGCCGCCUCACACUAGACUUACGAACAGCUACGAGAACAAGAUCACACAAAACAAGCUGAAAAACGACUCGACGUACAAGCAUACCCGUUCUCCUUACGAUGACAACGAUAAGACCCAAACAACCGACGGUACAGCCAAGAGCGACCAAGACCACAUCAAUGUCCCGGCUGCUCGACGCGGCUCGGACAGCCAGGCUCGAGAUCGCAAGAGGGUCGACAAGGUCAACUCGACCUCGCCUUCCGCCUGGAUUCGUGCGAAACAACAGCCUGCCGAACAGUCUCCCAGCAAAUUUGCGGGCCACAUCUACGACGUCUCGAGUACCGGACAUACCCUGAUCUGA